UUGUCUUGAGAUUUACAAUUCAAAGACUAUGCACAAGAGGAUGGAUUUGUCCGGUGCUUCAUGUGAAAGUCUGGAUAUGGAAACAACUGAUGAAGGAACAACUGACAAUCCAGAAACCAGAAAAUGUGAGACAGAUUCUUCAGUCCAGUCUUUAUCUGUCUCAGAGAAAGAUUCAUGCAAAGGGAAUAAAAGACAGAGAUAUGGAGUCCUCAGCAGCGAUUCCCUUUUGUCUUCUGAUGAUGAUGAUGAGGAUUUUGAAGUACAGAGGAAGAAGAGAAAUUCAAGGAGCUUUCAGAAGUGUGCCUCAACGGGAGUUGACAAGGAUACCAUGAAAAUUGGAGGUAGUCUGACUAGUGUGGAGCAAAUGCAAAUAGAUGGUUCAGUACAAUUUGAUGGCGUGGGUGGUCUUUCUGACCAUAUUGCAUCUUUAAAAGAGAUGGUCAUUUUUCCAUUGCUUUAUCCCGAAAUCUUUGAGAGAUUGAAAAUUGAACCUCCAAGAGGCUGUCUAUUCUAUGGUCCACCAGGAACAGGAAAGACACUGCUUGCUCGUGCACUUGCUAAUGAAUGCAGUCAAGGUGACAUGAGAGUAACCUUUUUUAUGAGAAAAGGUGCUGAGUGCCUGAGUAAAUGGAUAGGAGAAUCUGAAAGACAGCUUCGUUUAUUAUUUGAGGAGGCCUACCAGAUGCGACCUUCAAUUAUUUUCUUUGACGAGAUUGAUGCUCUGGCUCCUGUACGGUCUGAUAAACAAGACCAAAUUCAUAGCUCUGUUGUGGGGACACUUCUGGCACUUAUGGAUGGCUUAGCCAGCAGAGGAGAGGUUGUGGUAAUAGGAGCCACCAACAGACUGGAUUCCAUAGAUCCUGCUUUACGAAGACCUGGGCGCUUUGAACGAGAAUUCCGCUUCAGUUUGCCAAACAAAGAGGCAAGAAAAGAAAUUUUCAAAAUUCAUACACGAGACUGGAACCCGCAGCCAUCGGACAAUUUACUUGAAGAGCUGGCUGAAGAAUGUGUAGGAUACUGUGGUGCUGAUAUUAAGGCAUUAUGUGCAGAAACUGGCCUCUGUGCUUUGAGGCAUCGCUAUCCUCAGCUAUAUGAAAGCAGAGAGAGACUGCAGAUAAACAUGGAUUCAGUUAAAAUAAAAGCAAGUGAUUUUUCCAUGGCCAUGCAGAAGACUGUUCCAGCUUCACGGAGGGUUGUGCCUUCCCCUGGGCGACCACUAUCAGCUAUUUCAAAGCCAUUGUUAGAAAACACACUUGAAAGGAUUUUACAAACCUUGCAGAGAGUGUUUCCCCAUGCUGAGCUUGCACUAAAGAAGGACCAGCAGCAAGGAAAUUAUGUGAUUGACAAUGAUGAGGAAUCACCAUCAACCUCUGAAGAGAAGCCGACUCAUAAAACGCUUGAUCACGAAAAGGUAGAAUUUCGCACUUUCAGCAGUAGGAAUCCUCGUGACCAGCCAACAUCUUACAGGCCACGAUUCUUACUGAUUGAAGAGCCAGGAUCUGGUCAAGCUUCUGAUUUGGCAGCUGCAGUAAUACAUUCCCUGGAAAAGUUUCCAGUUUAUUCACUAGAUAUACCAACUUUGUUUGCUAGCACAUCACCAGAUGAAACAUGUGUACAGUUGAUGCGAGAAGCUCAAAGAUCAGCACCGAGUAUCAUUUAUGUCCCACAAAUCCCUUUGUGGUGGGAGACUGUUGGACCUACGCUGAGAUCUGUUUUUACAACACUUCUUCAGAGCAUUCCAAGGUUUGCUCCAGUUUUACUCCUUGCAACAUCUAAUGAACAACUGAGAGAUCUCCCAGAAGAGGUAAAAGCAUUUUUUAAUAAUGAAUAUGAAGAAGUUUUCAAAAUCCCGCGUCCUACCUAUACUGAGAGAAGACAUUUCUUUGAGGACUUAGUUAUGAAGCAAGCUGCUCAACCUCCUGCUCUAAAAAACAACACAACUUGCCAGCCUUUGGAAGUGCUGCCUGUAGCACCACCACCCCAGCCUCGAAAGCUGACAGAAGAAGAAAUUAGACGGGUGGAAGAGCAUGAAGAGGAUACGUUGCGUGAACUUAGGAUUUACUUAAGAAAUGUGGCUGAAAGACUUGUCAUAGACAAACGUUUCAAAGCAUUUACAAAGCCCAUUGACCCAGAGGAGGCAUCCAAUUGCAAGGACACUGUUAAACAGCCCAUGGACCUCUCUAUAGUUCUCUCCAAGAUUGACAUGCAGCAGUACCUAACUGCAAGAGAUUUUCUAAAGGACAUCGAUCUAAUCCGUAGCAAUGCUUUACAGUACAACCCCAAAAAAGGACAUGCAGGUCAUCUCCUGAGGCACAAAGCUUGUUCUUUGAGUGAUACUGCAUAUUCCAUAGUGAGACAUGAAAUGGAUGAAAAUUUUGAGCGACGCUGCCAAAAAAUUAAAGAAUCUCGUAAGGAAAGAGAUAAGUCAAAAAGAAAAUGCACAAUGAAGGGAGACUCUUCAAGUAUUGCAGUAAGAAGGGAGAAUUUUCAGUUUGCAUCCUCCCAGCAUAGUCCUACGGAAGAUCAUGAAAACAUACUUCAAGGACAACAGAAAAAUGGGACAGAAAAUGAAAGUGAGAGAGUGACCCUUGUGGCUAAAUCCCCUACUGAAGAAAAGUGUGUCACGCUUCCUGAAUGUUCACACUUGAGAGAGGAGAGUGAAAUGCCAGAUUGCCAAAUAGCCAGAACUUCUGAAGAUGCAGGUUCAAAUGUUCCAGAUUCACAAGUACAUCAUACAGCUUGUGUGGGACAUUCUCAGGUGGAUGAGCAAGUGCAAGUAUGUGACGAGAAAGCAAAUGACAUUUGCACAUGGGAAGUUUCUGUGGAUUACUCUGAGCUCAGACAAGUGCUGGAUUCCGUCAUUGUGGCAACUGAGAAUUUCAGUAUAUCUCGCAUGGAAAGACUGUAUGCUCUUCUUAGCCAGUGCAUUUACCAACAUCGGGAGGAUAAUGACAAAACUGAGUUAGUGAAGGCAAUGAAGAAAGAAAUUGCAAUGUUAAGUUAUCUAUGAUAUUUGACUUCAGAAUAUUCUAAUGUUGAUGUACUUCUCCCAAAUGGAAAAAUUAUGUUUAAUGGGUCAGCAAUUGCAGCAACUAUCAAACAAAGGAUAGAAGAAAGAAACUUCUACAGUAUGAAGGAAACCAGACAUAACCUCUACUCUGACUAUGGAUCAUCCCCUUGCACACUGGGUGAAAGAGCACGUUUCAAGACAGCAUUUUCUUUCCAUGGAAACAGCAUGAAAUUCUU